AUGAGUAUUUCCCAAAGUGAUGAUAUUGGUAAGUUGAAUGGUGGGAAUUCAAAGUUGAACAGGUUGAAAAAUUAUUUAUUGGCUAAUGACUCCAACGGUGCAAUUCAUCGUUCAGAGGUGAGAUCUGCGCUUUGCUCUGGAAACGAUAUGAGAACCAAUUCCCCGUUUAUAACGGCUGCGAAAAGCCUGAGGGAUGAUAAGGGGGGUAAAGAUUUGUCGCUCGAUGCAACUUCCGAAAAAUGUGAUUUGGAGUCGGCUCUUAAAAAUUAUCAGGAAGACUCGGAAAAACUUGGGAAACAAUUGUUGACCUUGAAAAAAGAAUUAGAAGCGGAAGUGAGUAGUAAGAGGGUGAUGGAAGAGAAAUUAAGCAUGUUAGAAAGCAUAGUUGCCACGCAAAAAAAGGAAAUUUUAUUGCUUCAACGUAAAGUUCAGUCAGGCGUUAGCGAAUUAUCGGAGAAAAAGCUAGAGAGUGCUCUUCGAGAGAUUGCUUUUUUAAAGUCGAAGCUAGGUGGUGUGGGAGAGACGGAGAAUUUAUCUCAAGGAAAUGUUGUUCUUCAAUUGCGGUCUAAUUUGAAUAAGCUUGCUGCUGAAAAGGAUGAAUUACUGAACUGUGUGAGGAAGCAAAGCAUGCUUUUAGAUGUUUUGGAACGACAAAAACUGCAUUUAGAGGCAGCAAUUCUGAUUGAUGUUAGUGAAAAGGAACUCGAAAGGUACUUUGAUGUCGCUCGUCCAUAA